UUAAAAGCGAGAAAGCGAGAAAAGAGAUUAUCAUUUAUGGACUGAUAAAUUUUCUUUUCUAAUUUAGGUUGGCUACUUCUACAAAUCAUACUCACCACCUUUCUUCUUCCAUGGCUUGAUCAUGAUCUUUUCUUUGUCUCGUCAAAUUUCCUCAUUCCUUUCCCGGGAUUUUUGAAAGGUAUAACCGGAAAGAUUCGAUUGUUUCUCGGGAAAAUUGCGUCCUCCUUGAGCAGGAAAAGAGCUGAAAGAAAGCAGAGAUGAGAAGUGCCAAUGGAGACUCCAGAGCUGUAACCCCGACCGCUUUGGAAACUAUAAACGCUGCUGCUACUGCGAUCGCUUCAGCUCAGAAUCGUGUUCCUCAAGCUACGGUUCAGAGGAGAAGAUGGCUUAGCUGCUGGCAUUUGUACUGGUGUUUUGGAUCUCACAAACACAGAAAACGAAUUGGUCAUGCUGUCCUUGUUCCUGAAACAACAGCCGUCAGGUCUGAUGUUCCUGAAGCUGGAAAUCCGAUCCAAGCACCUGCUAUAACACUUCCUUUUGUUGCACCUCCCUCCUCUCCUGCAUCUUUCCUGCAAUCAGAACCUCCCUCUGUUACCCAGUCUCCAGCUGGCUUGUCCCUCUCUGUGUCUGCAAAUAUGUAUUCACCAGGUGGGCCUGCUUCUAUUUUUGCAAUUGGCCCUUAUGCUCAUGAAACCCAAUUGGUUUCACCACCUGUUUUCUCAACCUUCACCACCGAACCUUCAACUGCUCCUUUUACUCCUCCCCCUGAAUCUGUCCACUUGACUACACCAUCCUCACCUGAGGUGCCAUUUGCUCAGCUACUUGACCCAAAUCUCCAGAAUGGUGGGUCUGGUUUGAGAUUCCCAUUAUCCCAUUAUGAAUUUAACUCGUACCAACUUCAUCCUGGUAGCCCAGUUGGCCAAUUGAUCUCACCUAACUCAGGGAUAUCUGGUUCAGGCACUUCCUCACCUUUCCCUGAUGGUGAGUUUUCUGCUGGCACCCUCCUGUUUCCUGAGUUCCGCAUGGGUGAUCCUCCUAAGCUCUUAAAGCUUGAUAAGUUUUCUAGAUGUGAAUGGGGACCGGUGCAAGGUUCUGGAACUUUGGCAUCAGAUGCUGUCAAGUUAACACCUUGCAAUGGUUUUCUGCUGAAUCCUCAGAUUUCAAUGGUUCCAUCAAAUCCACCCCCAGGCAGUGGAUGUUGUAACAACCAAAUUGUGGUUGAUCAUAGAGUUUCAUUUGAGUUAACUUCUGAGAAUGUUGUAAGAUGUGUGGAGAAGAAUCCUAGAACCUUGUCUGGAGAUGUACCAAAAUCUCUACAUAAUGAAGCAGCAGUAAAAAGACAAGAAAAAUCAAGUGAAGUGAUAGACAAUAGUGAGCAUUCUCUAGGUGAAACAUCAAAUGGAACACCAGUAGAGGCGCCAGAAAACGGGGAAGAUACAGCACAGCAGCAAAAGCAUGGGUCAAUGACACUCAGUACUAUUAAGGAAUUCAAUUUUGACAAUAUAGAUGGAAGAGAUUCCCACAAGUCGAUUGCAGGUUCUGACUGGUGGGCUAAUGAGAAGGUUGUCGGAAAAGAGAGUGGGCCCACUAGGAACUGGUCAUUCUUCCCUGUUAUGCAGCCAGGUGUUAGUUGAGGUAACGGUAAGGGUUUCACUUAGUGCCCUCUUUGUUCCAGGAAGAAUGGAACAGAAAACAUUGACAGUCCUAAUUCAAAGGAUAGGCAAACUUGGGCUUUUAUUAGAGAUUAUAGGGCUUACCUAUUCAUGAAGGCUGUUUUGUAGUCCUUCAACUAGAAUAAAACAAGAGCACAGAAGAAUCCUUUGCUAAUCUAAUUUGGAUAACGGGCUACAUGUAGUCCUCUCUGGUGGAGGCAGGGUCUCAGAUUGAUAGCAGUUCUUAGGCAUGCACCUUCACUCGUCCGAAUGUAAUUACUGCAUUUAGAGAAGGAAUACAGAUUAACAGCAGUUUCUUAGUUAUGAAUCUUCGUCUUUCCCUAAUCUAACUAAUGACAGUGAUCAACAAUAAUUUGAAGGAGGAAGAUGAAAGAUUAAACAUUCUGGUACCUGGAUGCUCUUUUUGCUAACUGAUUCAUGGGAUUUCUCUUCUCUCAACGCCCAAAUGCAGCUACAGCUUUGAAAUUGGAGUGCCUAGUUAAAACUGUUAUGUUUGUUUAGCAAUUUCCCAACGAGGUUUGUGUCCAUCAAAUGUACAAACCCAGAAGAAAGGCUGUCUCUGAUUUUUGUAGUGUUAUCAACAUUGUUAUACUAAGCAGAUAUCCAGUUUGUAAAACUUUUAGUCCAAUGACUUCCUAUUGCUGGAA